AUGGCUCCCCGUGAAACAAGGAGACAAACAGAAGAGGUGUUCCUGCUGAGUGGGAUGGUGAGGACUUCUCAGGUCAAACAACGCCUCGUUUCUGAAAACAGGAGACGAACAAGGAAGACAGCUCAUAGUGUAACCGGGCCGCCAUCUCUGUGGAGGAACAACGACUCUGUGACAAAGGUUCCCCGACGCUGCUCGGAGGAGCCCAAAUGCCAAGGCAGGGGAGGAAUGGAGGAAAGCUAUGAAACAUUUGAGGAGGAGUUGUGGCCACCAAGGGCAGAUCUUCCUCCACAAAGGCCUGUUCGAGCCAUCCACAGAUCAGAAAUGUACAAUUCAAGGACAACUAAAGAGGUUAACCCUGUUCCACAGCAGCCGAGUUCAGAACCGAAGGCCUUUCCCAGACAGCCAAGCGUAGCCAAAACUACAUCUUUGCACAAGGCCUUCUCCAUCCAGAACCUAACUCAGAUAGAAACACCAUGGGAGAAUGUCACUCUCAACCGCUGUCUGUUCGUGGCCAUUACCAUCCUGGUGCUCACCUCGGGCUUUCAGAGGAUGCAUGAAACCUUUCGCGGCCAUGGAUCGGAGGAGGAGGAGGAGGAAGACGCUGCUCUAACAAUGAGACGCCCUGGAGCAAUGCGGCGCCGAGGGCCCCCGCCUGAGCCAGAGACAUCUAUCUGGGAAGUCAUGCUUUCAUGGCUGCCUGACCUUGAUGAUGACGAGGAGGAAGAGGAUGAUGAUGAUGAUAAAGAGAUGAAAAGAGGGAAAUCAAAGAAAGGAGAGACAACGCGGGCACCGAGUAGAGUCAGGAACAGGCCGCUGCUAGACAAAAAGCUCCUAAAGCAAAGCAAAGUGAAAUUAGAGGACAAGAGAGCCAGAAAAGCUAGAGAAGAAAUCAAAGGCAAGAAAAAAAGGGUGAAAAAGGAAGAUCCUGAAGAGGAAGAGGAGCGAGAUGAAGAGACGGUUCCUAAGAAACCUAAGUCAGGAGAAAAGGAGAAGAAAAAAACUAAAAAAGGUUGAUAGUGGCAAAUGUUUAAAUUUUCUAAUUCCUUCUGAAAGCAAAAAUAUUAAACAAAGUAUUCGGUUCAGAAAGGUUUGCUUAGAUAUCCCUCAGAAAAGUAUCUGCAUUAGUAGCAUUAUUACAACUUAGUUUUGCUCUCCAGGACAGACUUUUGUCAGGUGAAGAUUCGUGGAAAUAAAUGUUUGUUUUACAUUUUCAAUCAGCUGGUUACUUAUUUGUGUUAGAAAACAUCUAAUACACAACGCACACUCAGGCUCUGUUAAACAUGAACUCUGUGUUAAUAUAUCGGGUAUACAAAGUCCUAAUGCUUUCCAAAAGCCACUUCAGGGACCUUCAGCUAUCAGUUAAUUCCACCUUUAUUCAAAUCAUCAACCUUAAGUUUAAAUACUACAGGAGCUGUCAGUGCAUGUCUCAGUGAGAGCUUGUUGUAAAUGAAUAGACCAAGAUUCGAUUGGUUUCUCUUUCACUUCUGUAUUUAUUAAAAAAAAACAAAAAAAAAACAAAAAUUAACUUUAAAUGAUUAACCAUGGUAUUGUUUUUCUGACAUCCAGCCUGAUUUACCAGA